GUUUUAAAACGAGAAACCGAGGUGCUGGAGACGGAGCUCAGCCCCAGGCGCCGGGCCCCCUCCUGGGGCCGCGUUCCUCCGCCCACGGGCUGGGGUCCGGCCAAGCCCCCCCCUUCACCUCCUCCCGCGCGCCCGGCCUGGCGCCGCAAUGACCGUCACAUACACAGCCCGCGUGGCCAACGCGCGCUUCGGCGGCUUCUCGAAGCUGCUGCUGCUGUGGCGCGGGAGCAUCUACAAACUUCUGUGGCGCGAACUGCUCUGUUUCCUGGGGCUCUACCUGGCGCUGAGUGCCGCCUAUCGCUUCGUGCUGGCCGAAGGGCAGAAGCGCUACUUCGAGAAGCUCGUCAUUUACUGUGACCAGUAUGCCAGUCUCAUCCCGGUCUCUUUCGUGCUGGGUUUCUACGUGACGCUGGUGGUGCAUCGCUGGUGGAACCAGUACCUGUGCAUGCCGCUGCCCGACGCGCUCAUGUGCGUGGUGGCAGGCACGGUGCACGGCCGCGACGAGCGAGGCCGCCUCUACCGCCGCACGCUCAUGCGCUACGCCGGGCUCUCAGCCGUGCUCAUCCUGCGCUCGGUCAGCACCGCGGUCUUCAAGCGCUUCCCCACCAUAGACCACGUAGUGGAGGCGGGGUUUAUGACCCGCGAGGAGCGCAAGAAGUUCGAGAACCUGAACUCGUCCUACAACAAGUACUGGGUGCCCUGCGUCUGGUUCUCCAACCUGGCCGCGCAGGCCCGGCGCGAGGGCCGCAUCCGCGACAACAGCGCCCUUAAGCUGCUGCUGGAGGAGCUGACUGUAUUUCGGGGCAAGUGUGGGAUGCUCUUUCACUACGACUGGAUCAGCGUACCCCUUGUCUAUACCCAGGUGGUGACCAUCGCUGUGUACAGCUACUUCCUGGCCUGCCUCAUCGGUCGCCAGUUCCUGGACCCGGCUCAGGGCUACCAAGGUCACAACCUGGACCUGUGUGUGCCCAUCUUCACCCUGCUACAGUUCUUCUUCUAUGCCGGCUGGCUCAAGGUAGCCGAGCAGCUCAUCAAUCCCUUCGGUGAGGACGACGAUGACUUUGAGACCAACUUUCUGAUCGACCGCAACUUCCAGGUGUCCAUGCUGGCCGUGGACGAGAUGUACGACGACCUGGCCAUGCUGGAGAAGGAUCUGUACUGGGACUCAGCCGAGGCUCGCGCCCCCUACACCGCAGCCACCGCGUUCCUGAUGCAACAGCCCUCCUUUCAGGGCUCCACCUUUGAUAUCACGCUGGCCAAAGAAGACAUGCAGUUCCAACGGCUGGACGGCGUGGACGCGCCGCUGGGCGAGGCACAUGGUGACUUUUUGCAGCGCCUCCUGCCGGUAGGUGCGGGCAUGGCCGCAGGAGGCCUGCUGGGCCGGCGCCUGUCCUUGCUGCGCCGCAAGAACAGCUGCGUGUCGGAAACGUCCACGGCCGCCAGCUGCGCGUGCGCAGGGGCCCCCGACGGCGCGGCCCCCGAGUGCGGUUGCGGGGACCCGCUGCUGGAUACAGGCUUGCGGGAGCCGGAGUCAGAGUUCCCACCUGGCCCGGAACUGCCUGUCCCCGGGCCCGCCGCCGAGCCCUUCACCGCGGUGCCUCUGCCGGUGCCCCGGGGACCAGCUCCGCCCUGGCUGCCCAGCCCCAUUGGCGAGGAGGAGGAGAGUCUAGCCUGAGAUCCCAGGGACAGGGACACAAAUCCCGAUAGGGCACGCAGGCAGCAGUCUGGGUCUACGUAAGCCGCAUGUGGACUCCGCCUAUCCGAUUUUGACGGGUUCCCGCUUCCUGCGCACGAGUCCUCUGACCCUAGGUUUUGGAGCUCCUCGUGUGAGCCAGGCGCUGUGCCAGUUUAUUUGAACAGUUCAUCUUUCCCCUCAGCUUUUCUUCCCUCCCUCCCCUGCCUGAGAGGCUUCGAUCAGUGUGCCUGCCUUUAUUCGUUCCUUAAAACAGAGAUGUGAGUGCCUACCUCACUGCCUUCAGGGGAUGAAAUGAAAUGAUGGCUUUAAAG